AUGAUUAUUCAUACCAAAGCAGAAAUUAUAACAUUUGUUUUACUAGCGUAUUUGCUAGGAGUAAAAAGUCUGGAAUGCUAUGUAUGUGAUUCGCAAGAAGAUAAUAAUGAAAAAUGUAUAAAAACUAUAAAGACUUGUGAAUACAAUCAGGAUGUUUGUUUGACUGAAAUAAAAUGGGGUACUACUCCUUAUUGGUCGCAAGGUGCUAAAAAACAAUAUUAUAUUUCAAAGAGAUGUUCUGAUAGAACAGAUUGUGCGACAACUCGGCAACGCUACAUGCCUCUAUGUACACAUAUCUGGUAUCAAGACUGGGUCUGUUCAGAUUGUUGUCAAGGAGAUAGAUGUAAUUAUUAUGUUAUAAGUGGCAGCGAUAAAAAUAAACCAGUUUUAAGCAUUUUAUUAGGAGUAGCAUCAGCUAUGAUUUUAAAAAUAAAAUUA